GCAGUAGUGUGCAGAGACGGGUCUCUGACUUUUUUUCUAGUAUUCUCUUGUUUUUGAUCUUCAUUAUAAUCUUUUACUUUUAAUACGUGAUCUCAAUUCCUGUGUUAUUUGAUGGAUUCAAAAACAUUAACCAAAUUUUAAAUAUACAGUGGUGUUUUUAAAAAGUUUUUUAAACAUGUUGUGCGUCUUAUGUGUUAUUAUUGGAAAUUUUUUAAGCCGGACCUGCACUUUUGUCUUAAAAUGGCAGCCAUCAUUGGUUUUAUUAUUUUAAAACUGAUCAUAGAAUUCCAUAUUUUAUUUUCCAGGAGUGGAUUUGAGUGGAGCUAACAUCCGAAAAUCAUAAAAAGUCAGUAAUUUCGAAAGGAGUAACUAAACAAAACUUCAAGAUGCAUCUGCUGUCACAACCACGAGAGAGACCAGUGAUCUUUGAACGCGCUGUUGAUAAUAAAUAAUAAUUUAUUGGCUACUUGACGUUGCUACAGUCGUGAGGAGGUUCGAAUUCAAAAAGGCAUGUGAAAUAAACAGAAAGUUUCGCUUAUUAAUUUUUUUCUGUGAUAAAACCGUUUACAAAUAUAGUGUUAAACAAUGUUUUCAAUUAUGUGUAGAAUUCUAGUUACUUUUUAUGUUUUACAUACCAUGACAGUGUUCAGUACUGUAUUAGUGGAGAAGAAAGAAAACUGGUGGUCAUUUUCACCACAUUCAAAAUAUACAAUAGAUGAAUUGAUGAAUCAAGUGUUUCCAAAGAAGUCCUCAAAUGACGAAGACUUAGAUCCAUGUAAAGCAGGUCCAUUCUUAGGGGAUAUAGCAAUAGGAGAAGGUGGAAAAAUCCCUGCCAGAAUGCGGAGGACUAUUAAUAAUCAAAAGUUUCCCAUAGAUCCGCCCGUACAUGAAUUCGAACCAAAUUUUGAUUUAAAGAGAAAGAGCACUGCCAGCUACGAAAAACGUCGAUUUACUAGAGCAGCAACUGCCAGAAAAGAAAGAGUUUGGGAUUAUGGAGUAAUACCGUACGAAAUAGAUGGAAAUUUCAGUGGAUUACAUAAAGCUCUAUUCAAGCAGGCAAUGAGGCAUUGGGAAAAUUUUACAUGUGUAAAAUUUGUUGAAAGGAUCAGGGAUGAACAUCAAAAUUACAUCAUUUUUACAGAAAAGCCAUGUGGAUGCUGUUCUUUUGUAGGAAAAAGAGGUAAUGGGGGUCAGGCUAUUAGUAUAGGAAAAAACUGUGAUAAGUUUGGAAUUAUAGUGCACGAACUCGGACAUGUUGUUGGUUUUUGGCAUGAGCAUACAAGACCUGAUAGAGACAGACAUGUUAACAUUAUUAGAGAAAACAUAAUGAGUGGUCAAGAGUAUAAUUUCAAUAAACUAAGUGACGAAGAAGUGAAUUCAUUGGGUGUACCAUACGAUUAUGAUUCUAUAAUGCACUAUGCUAGAAAUACAUUUUCAAAGGGGACUUACUUGGAUACAAUUCAACCUAUCGAUGUACCUGGAAGAAAACGUCCUGAAAUCGGUCAAAGAAUUAGACUUAGCGAAGGAGAUAUUGCUCAAACAAAUCUUCUUUAUAAGUGUCCUAAAUGUGGACGUACUUAUCAAACUAAUUCUGGUACUUUCUCUCCUCCAAUUUACAUGGAAAGUGCACCAAAAGACGAUAUACGCUGUGAAUGGCGAAUUACGGGAACUCAUGGGGAGAAAAUCGUACUCAACAUCACUAAUCUCGAUAUAGCAAAAUCACAAGAUUGUAAAACUGAUUACAUAGAAAUUAAAGAUGGAUACUGGCACAAGUCACCCACAUUGGGAUUAUUUUGUGGUACAGGUCAAUUUCCUUUAAUAAAAUCUACUGGAAGUAGAAUGCUGAUUACGUAUGUGUCCAAAAAUCCUAAGGGACACAAAGGUUUCACUGCUAGUUAUGAAGCUAUAUGCGGUGGUGAUCUCGUUAUUGAGUCCGAAGGUCAUUUGGAAUCGCCUAAUUAUCCAGAAGAUUACCAGCCAAAUAAAGAAUGUAUUUGGAAAAUCACGGUUCCCAAAAGUCACCAAGUCGCUCUCCGUUUUCAGUCUUUUGACGUAGAAAACCACGACAGUUGUGUUUACGAUUACGUGGAGAUUCGAGAUGGUUUCAUGCCUGAUAGUCCGAUACUGAAAGUUUAUUGUGGGCACAAAGUACCUCCAGAUGUAAUAACCUCGUCAAAUCAAAUGUUGGUUAAGUUUGUAUCUGAUGGUUCGGUACAGAAAACUGGAUUCUCGGCUAUUAUAAUGAAAGAAUAUGACGAGUGUUCUAGAAGUGAUCAUGGCUGUGCGCAGCAGUGCAUAAAUACAUUGGGAAGCUAUAUCUGUACAUGUCAGAUAGGAUAUGAACUUCAUUCCGAUGGAAAACAUUGUGAAGAUGCUUGCGGAGGAAUAUUCACCGUACCUAAUGGUACUAUAACAUCUCCAUCAUUCCCCGAUUUAUACCCACUUAACAAAAAUUGUGUAUGGGAAAUAGUGGCCCAUCCACAAUACAAAAUUACCUUAAAUUUUACCCAUUUCGAUUUAGAAGGUAACUUCAAUACCCCGCAGCCACUCCAGCAAUGUGAAUAUGAUAAAGUAGAAAUUUACAGUAAAAUAAAAGAAGAAAAACUGAAAAAACACGGAUCGUACUGUGGACCUAAAGCUCCAGCACCGAUAACAUCUGAAGGAAAUGUUAUGAGAAUAAUAUUUUCAUCCGAUACCAGCGUACAAAAAAGUGGAUUUGCAGCAGUUUUUUUCACAGAUAUGGAUGAAUGUUCGGUUAACCAUGGAGGUUGUGAACAUGAAUGUGUAAAUACUCUCGGAGCUUACAUAUGCACAUGUCACAAUGGAUACACACUAGCUCAAAAUGGUAAGGACUGCAAAGAAGGAGGCUGCAAAUAUGAAAUUUCCACUCCGUAUGGUACAUUGGGAAGUCCAAAUUAUCCUGAUUACUACCCACCCAAAAAGGACUGCGUUUGGCAUUUUACUACCACCCCUGGACAUAGAAUUAGAAUAGCUUUCCAAAUAUUCGAAUUAGAACCGCAUCAAGAAUGUUCAUACGACCAUGUAGACUUUUAUGACGGUCCAUCUCCUGAGUCACCGUCGUUGGGAAGAUUAUGUGGAUCUAAGCUGCCUCAUCCCAUAGUAGCAUCAGGAAACCAGAUGUAUAUGACUUUUAGGUCAGAUGCUUCUGUACAAAGAAAAGGUUUCUGGGCUUCACAUUCUACAGUUUGUGGCGGAAUAUUAGAAGCGACAUUUGAGAAACAACAUAUUUAUUCCCAUCCUAAAUUUGGCAGUGCUAGUUACGACAAUAGAGCUGACUGCGUUUGGACAAUAGAAGCACGAGGAGGUUAUAACGUUAAAUUAUCUUUUUUAACUUUUGACAUCGAAGAUGAAAAAGAAUGUGAGUACGACUAUGUUGAAAUAUUCAGUGGAAUGGAUUCAAGUGGUCUUUCAUACGGAAAAAGCUGUGGAACUAAGAAACCUUUCGACAUCAUUUCCACACAUGAAGCUUUACUGGUUAUAUUCAAAACGGACGAAACGCUUGUCGGCAAAGGAUUUAGUCUUGUAUAUGAAGCAGUUGAAGCUUCAACCAGUGAAGAAGAAAUAUGAAUAAACUAAGAUGAAAAUUGCAAUUGGUAUACGACGUGAUAACAUCAAGACGUGUAUGAUGGCUAAACCGGUUUUGUUUGUGUGUACCUGUGAAAUACUAAAAUCAGCUUCUGUUAAAAAUAUAACGAGAAACAUAUGUAAACAGUGGUUCUCAAAAUUAUCGAGAUUUCUUUAAGUGUGUUUAAAGUUUUGGACUGUUAGAUUUUUGUAAGAUCAUUUUAUAGCCAUCCUCUUUCACUUCACGAUAUUUGUUAAAUGUGUAUUUGAAAUGUUUGUUAGUAUUUACUAUGAGAUGUGUAUGUGGGAUUCAUAUAAAAGCUCAAAAUAAAUCAGUGUUCCAAUAUAUUAAGAGCAAUAUCAGAUAGUUUAGUUAUUAUGAACAAUAAUGCAUUUCCUGAUAUACCAAUUCACUCAUUAAUAUUAUUGAAAGCAAUAAAAGUGAAAAGCAAAAGUUUUAGAAAAACUGUAUAAUAUUGUUUUUUCAAAUUGUUCUUAAUGUGUAUAUAUUUAUUUAUUAUCAUUUCUUAUUCUCAUGAAAAGACGUAUACUAUUAAACUCAUGUUGAUGAAUUUUUGUUUAGUUUCCAUACUUUCCGGUUAAAAGUUUUCUUCUUAUGGGCAUAAGAAAAUGAGAAACACCGUUAGAAACAGUUUAAAUAAAUAAGAAAAA